CCACACCCAUCCCACGCGUGAGGUCAUGGACCUGAUCAGGGAGUUUCCACCGGGCAGACCAGUAGGAAUUCAUAUGGCUCUACAAGAAUGAAGGGACCAGAGUACUAGGGAUCUAUCUUCGGCUCCAUCCCCUCUCGGGCUCUCAUAGGGCUGAUGGGAAACUCAACGAUGCGGUGAAGUCAGGUUUUGAAAUCACCUGGGGGUCUCUUGGGGGCAGGGUGGACCCAAAACCAGUGAGGAGGGCUCUGGCCGCGGCUGCUCAUGGCUUCGGGCGACCAAAGACAGCUGAAGUGAAAGUGAAAGAGAAGCCGGCUGAGAGAGCAAGAGAACAGAGUAGGAGCGGUUAGCCCCGUGAGGGGUGCUCCAAAGAACCCUCUCUUCCGCCGGGGAUCUCUAGCAGAGGAGCUGUGGAGAAGGCAGCCUGCGGGGAGCCCGGAGCCCGGGAGCAGCCCCCAUGGGCUCAGAGCCCGGCUGGUGUCUGCUGCUGUGUUUGGCGCUCUCCGGGGCAGCAGGCACUGAGCCCCCCACAGCUGAAAGACGGCAGCCCACGGACAUAGUCUUAGACUGCCUCUUGGUGACAGAAGACAGGCAUCGAGGGGCCUUUGCCAGCAGUGGGGGCAGGGAGAAGGCCUUGCUUGUGCUGAAGCAGGUGCCGGUGCUGGAUGAUGGCUCCCUAGAAGGCAUCACCGAUUUCCAAGCCAGCACAGUGGCCAAAGAUGACCCGCCGAUUAUCUUCGAGGCCUCAGUGGACUCGGUCCAGAUCCCCCAGGCGGAGGCCCUGCUCCAUGCCGACUGCAGCGGGAGGACAGUGACCUGUGAGAUCUCCCAGUAUUUCCUCCAGGCCAGACGAGAGGCCCCUUUGGAGGGAGCAGCUUGGUUCAUCGGCAACAUGCAGGUAUCUAGAGGGGGUCCUAGCGUCUCCAUGGUGAUGAAGACUCUAGAAGAUGCUGCCCCUGGAGCUGUCCGGCACCCUGCGCUGAACCUACCCCUGAGUCCCCAGGGUACCGUGAGGACUGCAGUGGAGUUGCAGGUGACAUCAGAGACCCAAAGCCUGCGUCGUCUGCUGGGGUCCUCCGUCUCCCUGCACUGCGGUUUCUCCAUGGCACCAGGCCUGGACCUCGUGGGUGUGGAGUGGCGGUUGCAGCAUAAAGGCAGUGGCCAGCUGGUGUACAGCUGGCAGCCAGAGCAGGCGCAAGCUAAGCGCAAGGGUGCUACGCUGGAGCCUGAGCAGCUGCGUGCGGCUGGGGAUGCCUCUCUCACCUUACCCAACCUCACUCUAAAGGAUGAGGGGACCUACAUCUGCCAGAUCACUACCUCUCUGUACCAAGCUCAACAAAUCAUCCCACUUGACAUCCUAGCUCCCCCCAAAGUACAACUGAACUUGGCAAACAAGGAUCUGCCACCCUCCCUCAUCUGCAGUGUCACGGGCUAUUACCCUCUGGAUGUGGUGGUGACAUGGAUUCGAGAGGACCCGGGUGGAAUUCCAGCCCAAGUCUCUGGUGCCACCUUCUCCAGCCUCAGGCAAAGCAUGAUGGGAACCUACAGCAUCUCUUCCACCGUGAUGGCUGAGCCUGUCCCCACAGGCGCCACUUACAUCUGCCAAGUUAGCCACGUCUCCCUGGAGGAGCCCCUCCGAGUCAGCAUGACGGUUGUCCCCGACUCAGAGCAGAGAACAGCCUUUGGAGUCGUCUGCGGCAGCAUCCUCUUCCUUCUCGCCCUGUUGUUUCUGAGGCUUCAGAGACGGCAAGCUUCUUUGCCAAGGUCCACCAAGACUAUGAGACACUCUGGGUAGCCGCUGUCUUGCCUCCAAGUGAAAAGCAGAGUACCCAUGUUCUAGCUACUGAAAGGAUCCUGUGCUGAGGUGUGGGACUGAAAAGGUGUAGUGGGUAGCCAUUCCAGCUUUGAUCUGGAAGUUCCAACUCCCAUUGAGGCUUUAGUAACUGUCAUGCC